GCUUACGUAGAACAUCCUGAUCUUAGUGACCUACGCUCCAACCGCGAAUACGCACUAAAAUCCGUCUGUGACGCUGUUACCUCCAUUCAAACGGCUACCAGUGGUCUUGGCGAACCAUCUUGUACUCUGCUUAAGCCUCCUGGAGAGCUUAUAGAGUUACUCAAUAAUUUCGAGAAUAAGGCAUUGAUUGGGCCCGAACACUAUGUUGACGCCCAGCAUAGAGCUGCACUAUAUGAUCGCCUCGAUGAUAUUCUGGCCCUGGCUGAUCGGAUGAUACAUUCCGAAAGUUGUCGGGCUAAACGGAAACAGGCGAUUAAGACAGAAAUCACGAAAGUUCAACGUGCCCUUGACACUUUGCUUAACGAAUACCAGAGUUCGGCAGCAGAUGCUAUUAUUCAUUAUAUUUAG